AUGGCCGAGACUAAUAUACUUUCGGUGUUGCCUGUCUCUCCACACGUUAGUCUGAACCCCCAAACUCGAAAAUCAAGUCAUGCACAAUCCCAUCGACCCAGAUUCAGGGAUGCGCCGAUAGCAUCUGAGGGCAACGGUGUUAUCAAGAAAAAACAGUCCAAGAGUCGCGAUGGCUGUGUCACCUGCAAGACAAAGCGUCUCAAAUGCGACGAGGCAAAGCCCUCCUGCAAGCAGUGCAAAAGGCGAAACGUAUCUUGUGAAGGAUACAAGAGGGACUUCAAAUGGCGGCCUUUCGAAGAGCCCAGCUGUAUAGGGAAACGACGGAACAAGGCGAGAAAAGAUUCAAGCUCUUCUACUGCGCUCUCUACACAGCCUUGCAGCAGCUACAAAGAAACCCUCUGUGAUCGAUAUCACGGUUACGCCGACACCAAUACAAAUGUACAUUACACACCACCAUAUUCAGCAACCUUCGACCCAUAUGAUCAGCUAUCUGCCACUACCAUUUCUCAUGCUCCAGUUGCGCCCGUCGGUGGUAUGUACACUACACCAACCCUGUCUCCAUACCUUGUUACGUCACAAUCGAUCUCACCCGUUGAUGCUGUUACGCCAUUUUUCCAGGAAUCACGCAGCUUAUACGAAGAUGAUUCCAUGCCCACAGAACAGAGCGAAGCUACUGCACCAUCUAGUGUAACCGUUGGGUAUUCACCCCGGCUUCUCGACCUUCCGUCGACUGGAACAUAUCAGUGUGCACCUCUCGAGGAGCAUCUUUCGUAUCGCAAUUGGGUUGAAGCCAUCUACCAGCCCACCGACUGUGCGCCUUUACACGAACCAGGGGAGAACGACAACAAAAAAGUACCGCGGAAUUCGUACUACAUUCAGGGGUCUUGGUUGUUGCGGUACCUGUCCCCGACAGCAUUGGGCAGAGCCAGCUUUUUUACAGGAUUUCAGGAUCAUAGCACACUUGCACAACCACAGCAAGCGAUCACAUCGGCCGACACGAUCUCAAAAAGCUUUCAUUACAACAGAUGCGGGGUAUCGUCUGUGGAAGAUGGACUCCCCGAGAAUCCCUGGCGAGCUCUCAUCUGGCCACUUGCACGCGAGUGUUCCGCGUUGUACCAUGCUAUUGCUUUCAUGACGUAUUUCCAUCAAUCUUCUCAGUCUUCACACGUGCGAACACAGGGUAUCAACCACUUGCGCACUGCCAUUAAGGCACUCAAAGAAGGAACACACGGUAUGCGCCUCGAUGCUGCCGUAGCGACAAAAUUGGUCUUAGCUUUCGCUGAAUCAUGGGAUGUACAUAUCAGUACAGGGACAGACCAUAUCAGAGACGCCAGAGUAUCGCUUGACCAGGCGCUGAUGCAACAUCGUCACGUACCAAAGCAAGGUAAAGAGUGGACACGCUUGAAGUUUCUCUGCGACACUUGGAUUUACAUGGAUGUUGUCGCUCGCUUGACAUUGGCGGAUGAUGAUGGCGAGUCCGAUGAUGUCGAUAACAUCUACGACGGCAUACAUCCGGCAGACCACACAGAAUUGUCUCUUGAUCCCUUUAUGGGCCUUGCGCAUUCGCUAUUUCUCAUAAUUGGCCGAGUUGCGACCUUCAUCCGAAAAGUACGGAGGACAAAUGGGAGGUCCUCCAAUUUGAUUGCGCAAGCGAUGGAUCUAAAAUCUCAGCUGGAGGACUGGACUCCGCCGCCCUAUAUCGAGACAUCCGAAAACGAAAGAACGAACCCGAAGGAUUCAAUUAGGGCUGCCACGGCCUACCAGUAUGCAACAUUACUGUAUCUCCAUCAGUCCGUCCCUAGCAUCCCGUCACCAUCAGCGCUUGUCCUUGCUAAAAGAGCUUUGUGUGAGCUUGCCGCAGUCGAGCCAAGCUCUCGUUCGUGCAUAAUACAUGUCUAUCCUCUCAUGAUGGCAGGCUGCGAAAUGAUCGAAGAAGAGGACCGAGCUUGGGUGGUACAACGUUGGAAGCUUCUGUCAUCCAGAACGAAGCUCGGAAUUGUGGAAAAACUAUACACAGUAACCAAGGAACUAUGGGCACGACGAGAUGCAUACGCAGAGCGAGACAACAUCUUGGAAGCGAAGCGUAAAUAUGCCGCCUCUCUGAGUAGACCACUCGAGCCUGAUCUCAACCCGUUCAUUGGGCACAAGGGCGAGGACAAAAAUGUGUGCUGGUUUGGAUCGAUAUCCAAAAGGAGAGCAUCCAAUUCGUUGCUAUCGUCUUCGACGCCAGUUGCCUAUCCAUUCGAGCAGCAUACUAAGGAACACGUCUCGACGCUUAGCGAAGAAACUGAAAUACUCGACCCAGAAUACACGGUUGAGGGGCACUUGCAUUGGUCGGGUGUCAUGCAGGACUGGAACUGGGAAGGCAGGAAUCUCAAGAUUUGA